UUGAAGCCUAGGGAGCGUGCGGGCGGUGCUAGUGGCGGGAGGAGUAAAGAUGGCGGCGCGUGGGUCUCCGCCCUCUGCUCCCGGCUGAAGCGCUCUGAGGGAGGUGGCAGCGGCAACCCAAGCCUCAGCAGUAAUUUAGUGUUGGUAGUUUUGGCAGCAGCUGCCGAAGCCGCAGCAAUGGCGGAGCUGGAGCAUAUAGGAGGGAAACGGGCAGAGUCGGCGCGAAUGCGGCGGGCAGAGCAGCUUCGGCGCUGGCGGGGCUCACUGACAGAGCAGGAGCCUGCGGAGCGAAGAGGCAUGGGGCGGCAGCCGCUGACCAGGCGCGGGAGCCCCAGGGUCCGCUUCGAAGACGGUGCUGUCUUCCUGGCCGCCUGUUCUAGCGGGGACACCGACGAGGUGAAAAAGCUUCUGGCAAGAGGUGCCGAUAUCAACACUGUCAACGUGGACGGCUUGACAGCCCUGCACCAGGCCUGUAUUGAUGAAAAUUUGGACAUGGUGAAGUUUCUGGUGGAGAACAGAGCCAAUGUAAACCAGCAAGACAACGAGGGCUGGACACCCCUUCAUGCAGCAGCUUCCUGUGGCUAUCUCAACAUAGCAGAGUAUUUCAUUAACCACGGAGCCAGUGUAGGUAUUGUCAAUAGUGAAGGAGAAGUUCCCUCUGACCUUGCAGAAGAGCUAGCCAUGAAAGAUCUUCUUCUGGAGCAAGUAAAGAAGCAAGGAGUUGAUCUAGAGCAGUCAAGAAAAGCAGAAGAGCAGCAGAUGUUGCAGGAUGCCCGCCAGUGGCUCAACAGUGGGAAAAUAGAGGAUGUGAGGCAGGCUCGCUCAGGGGCUACAGCCCUUCAUGUGGCUGCUGCCAAGGGCUACUCUGAAGUCCUCAGACUUUUAAUUCAGGCUGGCUAUGAACUCAAUGUUCAGGAUUAUGAUGGCUGGACUCCCCUCCAUGCUGCUGCACACUGGGGAGUAAAGGAGGCUUGCUCCAUCCUGGCAGAAGCACUCUGUGACAUGGAUAUUCGAAACAAACUGGGCCAGACACCAUUUGAUGUGGCUGAUGAGGGUCUUGUGGAACACUUGGAGAUGCUCCAGAAGAAGCAGAAUGUGCUUCGAAGUGAAAAGGAGACACGGAAUAAACUCAUUGAGUCAGACCUGAACAGCAAGAUGCAGAUUGGGCUCUUUAAGAACAAAGAGAAGAUGCUCUAUGAGGAGGAGACUCCUAAGUCCCAAGAAAUGGGGGAAGAAAACAAAGAAUCUAGUAGCUCCAGCUCAGAGGAGGAGGAAGGUGAAGAUGAAGCUUCUGAGUCAGAAACUGAGAAGGAGGCAGAUAAAAAGACAGAAGCCUUUGCCAACCAUUCCAACUCUGAAAGCAAGAGUAGUAUCACGGAGCAGAUACCAGCACCAGCUCAAAAUACCUUCUCUUCCUCUUCUGCUAGGAGGUUCUCUUCUGGCAUUUUUAACAAGCCGGAAGAGCCCAAAGAUGAAUCUCCUUCUUCAUGGAGAUUGGGACUGAGAAAAACUGGCAGCCACAACAUGCUGAGUGAGGUGGCCAAUUCCAGGGAACCUCUAAGGGACCGAGGCUCUUCCGUCUACCGCUCCUCUUCAAGCCCUCGGAUUUCUGCUCUGCUGGACAACAAAGAUAAGGAAAGAGAAAACAAAAGCUAUAUUAGUUCACUAGCACCCCGGAAGCUCAAUAGCACAAGUGACAUUGAAGAAAAGGAGAACAGAGAAUCAGCUGUUAAUCUAGUGAGGAGUGGCUCCUAUACCCGGCAGCUAUGGAGGGAUGAAGCAAAGGGAAAUGAAACCCCACAGACAAUUGCUCCCUCCACCUAUGUAUCAACCUACUUGAAAAGUGCUUCAUUUGGUAGAAGUAGUGACCCCACAAGUCCCUACAUUUCAGCCAAUCGCAAUUCAUCUCCUGCUACCUCACCCAUUACCAUUGGUUCAUCUACCUCUCGGGGCAGCCAGUGGCAACCUGCCUCUUCUUGCCCUGCACCAAUCAGUGCAAACACUACUGCAUCUGUACAUCAUGGCAGGAUUCCUCACAAAUCCCAGGCUGACUCCACAGCAGAGAAAACAGCAGACAAUGUCUCUUCUAGCACCCCGCUUUGUGUGAUCACCAAUCACCCUCUACCAAGCACUGCCAAUGGGGUUACAACUACUCCUGUGCUCUCCAUUACUGGAACAGACUCCUCUGUGGAAGCCAGGGAGAAGAGGAGGUCCUAUCUGACUCCUGUACGGGAUGAAGAAGCAGAGUCUUUACGGAAAGCACGCUCCAGACAAGCUCGGCAGACACGAAGGUCUACUCAAGGUGUCACCCUAACAGAUCUUCAAGAAGCAGAAAGGACUUUCAGCCGGUCGAGGGCAGAGAGGCAAGCUCAGGAGCAGCCUUGUGAGAAGCCCACAGACACUGAAGGGGGGCUUGAGGGGAGCCCUGAGAAGCAUGAGCCCUCAGCAGUCCCAGCAACGGAAGCUGGGGAGGGCCAGCAGCCCUGGGGCAGGAGUCUGGAUGAAGAGCCUAUCUGUCGUCGCCUGAGGUGUCCAACUCAGACAGAUAAACCCACCACGCCAUCGUCUCCUUCUACAUCAAGACCCUCACUCUACACCAGUUCCAGUUCCCACCUGCUACGGACAAGUAGAUUCUCAGACCCGGAUUCUGAGAGUUCAAAGACUACCACAAACACUACAACUGCAAAGGAAAUGGACAAAAAUGAGAAUGAAGAAGCAGAUUUGGAUGAGCAGUCCUCUAAGAGGCUGUCCAUUCGAGAGAGGAGGCGGCCCAAGGAACGGCGAAGAGGCACAGGCAUCAAUUUCUGGACAAAUGAUGAGGAUGAAACUGAUGUCUCUGAAGAGGUCAAAGAAGCAUGGCAUGAAAGACUUUCUAGGUUGGAAUCAGGAGGUAGUAAUCCUACAACCAGUGAUUCUUAUGGUGACCGGGCUUCAGCAAGAGCCCGUCGGGAGGCCCGGGAGGCCCGUCUAGCCACCCUGACCAGCCGUGUAGAAGAAGACAGCAACAGAGAUUAUAAAAAACUCUAUGAGAGUGCCCUGACUGAAAAUCAAAAACUGAAAACAAAACUUCAGGAGGCCCAGCUAGAGCUAGCAGAUAUAAAAUCCAAGCUUGAGAAGGUGGCCCAGCAGAAACAAGAAAAGACCUCUGACCGAUCAUCAGUGCUGGAGAUGGAGAAACGGGAGAGGCGAGCCUUGGAGCGCAAAAUGUCAGAAAUGGAGGAAGAAAUGAAGAACCUCCACCAGCUAAAACAGAUUCAAACCUUGAAGCAGAUGAACGAGCAACUGCAGGCUGAGAACAGGGCCCUGACCCGAGUGGUGGCCAGACUCUCGGAGUCCAUCGAGUCCUCGGACACCCAGGAGCUCUAGUUCUUGCCCCUCCUCUUCACCUCACUUUCCUCCUCCACUACUCCAGGUGUUAACAGAACUGAAAUCCGACAACCAGAGGCUGAAAGAUGAAAAUGGUGCCCUCAUCAGAGUCAUCAGCAAACUGUCCAAAUAGGCUAGGCUCCAGAAUUAGGAGGAAGGAAAAGGACAGCAUUUGCUGCCUCCACCCCUCUUCCCAGUCCUUGCCUUCCAGCCAAACGAAAUGGAUGUUUUGGUGGAAGGACACUUCUAACACCCUCUUCAGUCACCUCUGUACACUCUACAUUUUCUCUGCACUCUCAAUGCCCUGUUCUUCCAACACCCCUAUCCCAAGUUUUAUGACAGUUUUAAUUGAAGCAUGAUCGUGAUCAUUCGAGCCAUCUGGAGAGUGCUCUGGGGAGUACACCAGGCUCAGCUGUGGACCCCUCAACUUCCGGCUGCUCAGCUACUUUGUCCACAUUGGAUUUGGUCCAAACAUGUAAAGCUUCUACCCAAAUCAGUAUCCUUCAGCUUUUUACAUUGACUCAGUGCCCUCUGAUAUAGGUGAUUCUUGUGGUAGCCACUCCAGGAUCCUGAUUGAGGUGCCAAGAGAAACAGCAGGUUGUUGAGUUGAUCAUUGGAUGGUCUCUGGAGCUGUUAAGAGUCCAAGGUGACAGUGGCUGCAUUGAGGCAUUCUAUUCUUCUUCACCUCUCAGGAAUUGACUUAAUUGUAUUUUUUCUACCCCAGUAACUCCUUGACUGAUUUUAACCCUUAUUCCUCCCUCAUAUCUAGUCCUUUCUCCAAGGCUCAAAUGGCCCUGGCUUUAUUUAUUCCUUUCCUUUCUGUCCUUUUAUUUUUUUUCUCACUCCCCCACCCCCUCACUCUAUGGUGUAAAAGCUAGGACAGAGCACCUGACUUCAGUUGUCCUUGUCCAUUGUGGGAAAUCAUUAUUCUGGAGACAAGAAAAUCAUCGCUCUGGUGCCUUGGUGGCAGCACCACUGCCCCCUCCCUAAAAGCCAGAUCAUGGCAUAAGUGUCAGCUCAUUGUUUUCAUCUCCCACUUAUCUUCCCCCUGCAAAGUGAUUUUCUUUGUAAAAAAAAAAAAAUCUGGGCUCUGAAUACCCCAUUCUGCUGCCCUUCCUUGACCUUGUUUUCCUCUCUUCACUCUGACACCUGCUUCUAAUGAGAAAUGAAGUCAGUGCAAGGGGGAAUGAGAGGUGAGGAGGGGAGAUGGUUGGGAGAUGGACUAGGAAAUGGAAGUAGGCUGGAAAGACACAUACAGCAAAGUCAAGUAUCUGAGGCCAUUUGCAACAUUGUGAGAAAGAAGAUGUAUGAUAGCAGCCCAUUAGGCUGUGAGAAUAGUGGUGAAUUCGAUUAUUUCCAGUGGUUAGAUUUAGGGGAGAGAUUUACUUUCUUAGAAAUUAAUAGGGCAAAUGGCACUUAAUAGGGGUUUAAUGGAAUGAAGUACUUUUCAACCCAUUGACAAGAGUCAUGGAAGUUUAGAGUGGCAAGGCCCAGAGGUCAGUAGGUCCAGCUUUCUAUUAUUCCGUCACAGGGACCCCUGCUACCACAGCUUUAACCCAUGGGCAUGGUCAGGUAGCCUCUGGUGGCUAUGCAAUUAUUACUCAAAAGUUGGGCAACUCUAAUAAUGAGAGAGUUUUUCCUAAUAUGUGUUGAAGUCUGCCUGUGGAUUCUCCUUGUAGUCCAGAUCUAUCUGCAGCUCUUUAACAGCCCUUCAGAUACGUACAGUGGGUGGUCUCCCCUCAGUCUUACUUUGAGCUGCUGUUACCCUAGUCCUUUAAGUCAUUCCUCAUAUGGCAUGUUUUUCUUACCUGUCACAUCCUCCUCUAGACAAAAUCAGCCUUUAAAAUAUCAUGCCCAGGCCUGGAGAGAAUACUCCACAAAUCCAGUGCAAAAUUAAACCAUUAGUUCUUGAUGAUAACCUAGCAUUAAUACUUAGAGUAUUUUCCUUUUGUAGGAAUUUUAUCCCUUGGUUCAUUUGAGUGUGCAGGUCAUUAAAUCCUCAACAUUUUAGGGUUGCCAGUGAUAUUCAGUGUUUAGAGUGGUUCAUUUCUGUAACAUAUACUGCCUCUGUCUGUUAAUUCCUUUCCUGACAUGACGUGUAGUUCUCUAUGGCCCUCUGUCUGAAACAUCACAUGCCUUUAAACUAGAAGCUGUAGUUCAAGAUCCAAAUUCCAGAACAGGAGAUAUGUUUCCUCUGACAAAACCCCAUUUUUAGAGUAUAUAAAAUUCUGUCUUCCAUUUCCAACCAUUUUUCAAGAGAAGCUGCUACUCUCUUGGGACUUUGUAUUAUCAUGGGAGUACUGUAUGUAAGUUCAGUUCUCAGGGAAUGCUAAAUUAUAGUAGUAAGUUUUAUAUCUUUCACUAUAAGCAUUUCCUUCAUUCUGGGAGAGGAAAUCAACACAGGGUGUUGACUAAUUAAUUAUCCUGGCACAUUUUUGAAUAUUGGGGAAGGAAGAUCAUACUUCUUAGGAAAAUUGGAUUAUUAGGAAUACAUCUUGACCCUUUUCCACUCAAUAGCCCAGGGAAAGGGGUUACAAAGAGUCCCCUCAGAUGUGUUUGUGCCUUUCAAAAGUAUUGGGGGCAGGUUCUCAAAACUCUUAGAUUGGUGUUGCACCCCUGCCCCUUCACAGGGCCCUUUCAUGUUAAAGCUCACUUUUCUUGCCAAAAAGUUUUCCUUGUGACAAGAAAUUUGCAAGCUUUUCAAUCUCAGGAACUGGAUUCUAUGGCCAAGAACUCAUGAAAAUGUAAGCUCUCCUGGGCAGUUUCAGGUACUUUCCCUUAUGCAGUUAAUUUUAGAUGAGCUGAUUUCUGGUCUGUCUCCAGAGAUAAAAUACCAUUCUUUCACAGCUGUAUUGUCUGGAAGCCCCAUAAGGUGGUAGUUACAGGCCUUCUACUAGCCAGCAGUUCUCUCUGGAUACUGGCAUCAGCCAGUCUCCCUUUUCUUGUGCUGCUUAGACAGGUACCUACCGCCAGCCUCUUCAGUGGCCACAAUCCUUAGUCCUAACCUGCUGGUUUGGAUACUCAUGAGCACCCCAGGCAGCUCAAGCUGAAUGACUAGCUGCAGACUUGGCCAACAACAUGAGCUCAGGCCUAUGACUUAGAGUCUUUACACGAAGCAUCAGAAUGGGAAAGAGUGUUCUUGGUACAGCUUUACACCCUCUGUUUUCAUUAAUUUGUUAUUUUUCAAAAACUGAGUCACACCUUUGGAAGUAAUGAUUUGGCCGUUCCAGAGAUUCUGUUGCUAAAGUUCAUCUGUUUGUCUUUCCAGGGCUGCUGACCCUUAUCCAGACAGCUCCAGAGUAUGAUGACCCCUAGCCCCAUCCCAGUCUGUAGUGAAAGGGUUAUGUGAAUCUCAGGGUGUUGCCACUAAGGAAUCUAAAGAAUAGACAUGCUUUGGGCUUACUCAGUGCCCUAGAUUCUCUAGUGGGCCAUUCUCACUUGAUGUUCCCUAGAACCUCCGUGUCUUCCAACUGCAGGAUGUGUUUGCUUCUCUUUGGGCUUUCCCUGGUUUCUGUCCUAGUUCCCACCCCAGGUUUAAGAACACUUAGAUUCAUUUAUUGCUAUUUGAGGCCACUAGUGAGAUUUCACAUCUGUGUUUUGCAACAUUUUACCCAUUUCCCUUCCCCAAACCAUGUGCUUAUUAGAUGGUUCCACUCAGGAGGCAAGGAAGCUAAAACUCAAUAGUCUGUGGAUCCCACAGAAGUGUAUGUAAAUUAUUGUUUCUCCACUAGGGGCAUUUCAUUGAGCCAAAGAUGAUGAAAGAGGAAACCUCAAAGCCAUGUACUUUGUUAGGUGUCUGCAUUUUUGUUCUCUUUGCAGCCUUUCAUAGCCACAGACAGACACUGUCUCCUCUCAGAGAAAGGCCAGUGUUUCAGUCCAGGCUACUGGUGCGUGUUGGCACUCAUGAGGUGGGCAUGGGGUAAGCAGAAGAAGCCUGGAGAAGAGAGAACUAUUUAAAGUGUCACCAGUUAUUCAGCUUCCAGGCGACUUUGACACCUCAAAAGGUACAAAAAGGAAAAAGAAAGAUAACGGAUUCAGAAUUUAAGCAAAAAGGAAAGGGAAACUCUACCAGAUUUUCCACUGGAGCUUAUCAGUGAGGUAACACUGCAGGAGCCCUGGUGUCCUUCCCUCAGAGAUAUCAUCAGGGGUCCUCAUACCCCAUUGUUUAUGCCAGCACUGCACUUUUAGCACAGAGUUAUCAGUCAGAGGUGGUGUAAUUUGCCUAAAUCUAGGCCCAGUGAUUACUACAGAUGUCAGUCACUGUACUCUGUCACCCGGGCUGGAGUGCAAUUGUGUGAUCUGCAGCUCACUGCAACCUCCGCCUCCCAGGCUCAAGCAAUCCUUUCACCUCAGCCUCUCAAGCAGCUAGGACCGCAGGUCUACACCACCAUGCCCAGAUCAUUUUUGUGUUUUUUUGUAGAGACAGGGUUUUGCCAGUUGCCCAGGCUGGUCUCGAACUGCUGGGCUCAAGUGAUCCACCUGGCUGGGCCUCCCAAAGUGACAGGAUUACAGACCCAAGGUACCACAUCCAGCCCAUCAUAUUGAUUUUCAAGGCAGGGUCUAACCCCUCAUAAGAUGUGAGUUCUCCCGACCCAAUAAGCAAGGCAGCUUUGAGGACAGAAAAAGGCAACAUAAAAAGAUAAGGUCUUAGAACAUCUGUAUUCCAAGGCCAUCCCUUCUUUUAGCCAUGUGACUUUGGGCAGGUCACCCUCACUGUAAAAUGAGGUUGGACUGGAUAAUUUUUAUGUGCCCUUUCCUAUUGGCUUAGAAUUCCGUGAUUUAUUCAUUCUUAGAAAGAUCAGAACAUUUCUUUGGAUUUCUGCUUUAAAAAUUCUAACCUCAAAAAUCCAAGUGCAAAAAUUUUUGCUUUCUUCUGGGUUUAAAACUGUUUAACAUGAGCACAUCAAGGCUGACUUCUCAUCCUUGUUGGGAAGUGAAUUUAAUAAUGUGGGUAACUGAAUGGUGUUGCAAUGGCUUUCCCUCCUAAUGGCUUGGUAAGAUUAUUAAAACCUGCAGAGGUGGAAAUUGGAGCUCAUGGGGAAAUGGAUAGAAAUCAAUUUGUUGCAAGCAGCCUUUGGACAAAUUGUUUUAAUAGGAAAUAGACCUGCUGCUUCAUAGGUUUCCUCAACCACCUCUCCUCAGCUUUCUCAAAAUGUGAUCUACUGUGGGUCUUCACACCCAAAUAGCAGACUAAUAGUUUUUCUGCUCAGCGCCAUCUGGUUCAUUGUCUUGAACUCUGCCUUACAGCAGCAAGAUAAUUUUCCUCGAUAAAAACCUCAAUCUUUAGUUCCACUGAGCUCCUCCUCUGGAUUCUGGACUAUCAGAAGUAGGAGGUUCAAGAUGGUCUUUCCUUCAAAGCAGGUCUGAAGAGACUACCAAAGCAGUGUUUACAGACCCAGAGUCCACACAACCAUAUUGCAUAGAACAGCACUUGGCCUUCGCAGGCUUCCAAUAGGACUGGGUAUAAUUGGAGUGAAAGGGCAGAGACCCUGGAAACUGCAAUGGGAAGAAGGCAGAAGGCCCAGGGGCUUUGGACAAGGAGUAGGGUGGAAGCUGCAAGCACUGGGAAGGAUUUCACAGAAGCAAAGCUUCGGCACACACAGGUGAGUUCUGUCUCACUGGUGACUUCAUCCCUCAGCUUCCAGCUGAGCAGAGAUUUUAAUCAGCUUCCUUAAUGGGUAUUGACACUGCUCGGGAAGCAGUAGACCCUAUCAGGGAUAGCUAUUGAUCUUUUGUGUUCUGAUUAGAUGGGAAAAUAGAUCAACUUCAUCGUAGUCCAGGAACUGUUGGUCACAGCUACUAGGAAUGAGGUGAUUUCUGAGGGCUGAGAAAAAACAGAGAAUCGUGACCAGCAGCCAGCAGCUGCAUGGUAAAAGGUGAUUCACUUCUCCUUUGAGAGUUAGGGUUGAGGGCAAACAUGGAACCCAGGUAUGGCUUACAACCCAGUGUCCCAGAAGCCCUCCUUGUGGAGAACUGCAAGAGGUGGGUGUGUCUAAAGACAAUACCAUUAAUGAAUGUUCUGGCCUUACCAAAAAAGGUUUAGCAAUUUAGGGAUAACUCUUGCUUCCUGCUUAUGUGUGUUCACAUGCACGUUUGCUUUUAAAAUGAGGUCUGGCAUAUACUUGAUUAGAAAUGAAAACUCAGAAACCAAUUGUAUCCAAGUAUAUUAUUCUAUUAAAUCAUAUCUUUUGUUUUUUCCCCUCCCUUCUAAUCCCCCAAAGGACCUAUUUGAACCAUUCCCCAAUUCAUCUGCUUAUCAUUUUGGACUGUGAAUCUGCCAGAGUGAUAUUUUCUGUUAUUUCUUCUCCAAAUUUUUCCCUGAUGUUUCCAGUAAAGAUUUACUUGGGUGGCCCCUUAGGGUGACAUCAGGAUGCUCUUAUGUCCUUCCAAAAUAAACAUACACAGCACCCCUCCACAUUCUUAAUUCCUUGUUUUCCUCACUUGGAGCCAAGGGUGCUUUAGAGGUGGUUUUCCGUGCAUCAGCCAGAUUCCUGGAGAAGUUGAAUAUAACCAACCAUCAUCACUGCCCCCUCUCCCAGUUUCAAAGCUCCCCGGCUAUGCUAACGGCCCCUCAGAGAUGAGGUUUGACUUAUAGGCCCAUAUGACUCCCCCAUGUCCUGGGCAAGGAGACCAUGGGUAGCCAUGUCUGGUUUACUCUUCGUCCUGAGACUGUUUAUAGUUUAAAACAAGUGUAUCUUCCCAGCAUAAACUGUCAGUGCAUCUGGUGGCAACAGCUCAGCCCAUUCAAAGACCAAGGAUUCAGGAAGGGCACACUGAUGGUAAGGAGCCUCUUAAGAACCUCUAAUGUUCUCCCAAAACCAGAGUUAAGAGUCAGAAUGUAGAUCCUGAACAAGGGACAUGUUAGGGCCAGAAGUAGCUUGACUCUCGCCUAAGUAUCUGUGCCUUUGCCUGUUCUCUCUCCCAUUCUACUGAACCUGGAACUGAUUCCCACUUGCCUUCUAAUGAAGAGAGGCCAGGUAAAGAGAAUUUGGAGGAAAAGACACCAGGAGGCAGACUGCGGGGUUGGAGGAGGUUCUGAGAGGAUGCAGCAAUGCAGAAUACCUACUUUUCUAGCCAGCAUCCCUUAAAGUUUUGAAAGGUUGGGUCUAUCACUGGCUGGCACACCAGGGCAAUGAUUUCCCUGAAGGAGGAAGAAAUGUUUCACCCUUGCAUUCUUCUUGGAGAAGAUACAGCCUAUGCUCAGUUGAGUGGUUCAUGCUCAGACUUUGGUGUGAACCACUCAAUUUCAUUCUUGUCUUUACCUUGACCUUGAUCAACAGGGGUGAAAAGAACCACCCUGGUGUCUCCAUGCCCCUCUCCCCCCUUUUAGUGGUAGCAUUUUGUGUCUUUCCUCCACCCCUCACCUGAUUUCCACCAAGGUUAACACAUCAGAUGGUGUAACUUUUUCAGCUGAGUUGUAUGAUUGAUUAACUUCAGUCCACUGUAAAUACACCUGGGAUGGGGUGGGAUUGGGGUGUUUAGGAAGAGGAAGCCAGACUUGCUUUGUGAACUGAAUGUAUUUUUAUGCAAUUUUGAGUGGCCUUUCAACCCUAAGACGAUUUUGUUUUCCUGGUUGUUAUUAUAUACUAUUGAGUAUUCCGUGUUUGUUUGAAAGUUCGGGAAUAAUAUUCACAUCUAUAUGAUGCCUGUAAACACAACAGUAUUUAUAAAUGAGUAAAUAAAAUUGUGUUUUAACUUUG